CAGCCGAACAGGCACUCAUGCAGGCUAAUCUCAAUUCUCAGUCUGCUUGAGGGAUGUGCCUGAACGAUCCUGUCCUUCCAACAACCUGGUUCCUUAUAAACUGGUUGGUGACAUAAGAUCCCCCUUAUCGUACCUGACAGUUUUCAAUUUUAGAAAGUCCACGUUGGAUUUGAUUUGACAUUGAAUUGCUAUAAGAACAGCAGAUCCGACGCAACAAUCCAAAAACCAACAGGGGCCUAUUUUAUCUUAAUAUCUCAUAACAAAUGUCUCCAUAAAUAUUUUAGGCUUAAGGUUAAAUGGAGAAAAGUCAGAGCUUGAAGCGGAGGGACAGCAGUGGAAGCGAUGCUUCUACAAGUCGAAUACCUGUAUCUUAUACACCGUCGCUUUCUAGGAAACAGAGGCCUAAAUUAGAAAGACACCAAAGCUUGCAAUGCUUGUCUUCAAACUCAAGAGGCCGAAGCCCCAAAUAUGACGACGAUAAUGAGUCUUUAAGGAGUGGUUUCAGCGGCUGUAGCAACGUUUCACAAUGCGACCAUGCUCAUUUCGCCAGAAACGGAACAACGUACAGCGGCCGGUCGAAAAAAUUCAUCGUUCACUGUUCACCCACACACUUGGACUCGGACAAAUAUUUGACCCCGACCCAGAGAGCAAAUGCAACAAUCAAAAGGCUUCAGUCCAUGUUACAAGAAUCUCAGGCCGACAUCGCUGAAAAGGAAAAUGAGAUUGCCAGGCUGACUAAAGAACUGGUGGAACUGAGGCUGGUUAAAACCGAGGAAUUAUCAAAUGGCCAUUCUCCUGGUGGGGGGGAACUGAGAUUAACCAUAGAUCCAGUAGGAAGGCAAACUCUAGAGACAACGUCAUGUUCCCUUGCAGAUUCUGGUCAUUUUGAAGAGCUGAGCCUGAGUCCCCAUCCCUCACCACGGAAUGCACCUAACGGUGUGCAGGAAAAUGUAAAAAGAACUCAGAACUUGGUACAUUCCACGCCAGAAACGUUUAAUAAUAGUAGUAGAAUUGAUUUGUUGGUUCACAGGCUUGCAGAGGCUAAUGAUAGGUACUAUGAAAUGAAGCCACAAUAUGAAGGGCUGAAAAAACAACUUGAAGAAUUGCAGCAGUCUAAGGACGAAAUUGAAAAGAAAUUCACUGAGAGUGAGGAAAGGCAUAAAUCCACGUAUCUACAGUUAUUCAACAAAGGACAAGAGGCGGCAAUAUUUCAAGUCGAUGACAUGACUGAUGGGCCUAGCAAAGCUGAAAACCUUCCUAAACUGCUGAAAGAGCUUGAAGUCACUAAAUCGGAGCUUGAAAGUGUUAAGGAUGUAGAUUUCUGGAAGACGCACGGGUCGUUAAGUGGAAAGGAGGCUGUUUCUAUCUGGAACCUUUGCCGAAAGACCAUGUACAGGAGGCUGUUGGAAAGUAAUAAAUCCAAGGGUGAACAGGAGGCGGAAGUGACGCUCAAGUUUCUUAAAUCAGCGUUUUAUUAUUUCCUGACUGAUAAGGAGAACACGACAGGCCACUUGGCUGCCAUACAGAGCAUCCUUGGCUUCACUCCAGACGAAAAACAAGCGAUUGAAAAAGCUUCCUAUGGGUGGAAGUAGAAAUUUCCUCUUGUGAUUUUUGUUUCCUUGACGUGUUUAUGUUACCAUGAGGCCUAGUGCCAAGUGUUCCUUCUCCGAGUGAUUUGAAUUAUUGGUUUGUAAAAAAAAA